GAACAACUUUGAAAUUAUCAUCAUAGAUGAUGGAAGCCCGGACGGGACGCAGGAAAUUGCUGAACAGUUGCAAACGAUAUAUGGAUCAGACAAAAUACUUCUAAGACCCAGAGCAAGAAAGUUGGGCCUUGGUACUGCUUAUAUUCAUGGAAUGAAGCACGCCACUGGGAAUUUUAUUGUUAUUAUGGAUGCUGACCUCUCUCACCAUCCAAAAUUUAUUCCAGAGUUUAUCAGAAAGCAGAAAGAAGGCAAUUUUGAUAUUGUAUCUGGAACAAGAUAUAAAGGAAAUGGAGGAGUAUAUGGCUGGGAUUUGAAAAGAAAAUUAAUCAGUCGUGGUGCCAAUUUUAUAACUCAGGUUUUGCUGAGACCAGGUGCAUCAGACUUAACAGGGAGUUUCAGGUUAUACAGAAAAGAAGUCUUACAGAAACUAAUGGAAAAAUGCGUUUCUAAAGGAUACGUCUUCCAGAUGGAGAUGAUUGUUCGGGCUAGACAGUUAGGAUAUACUAUUGGAGAGGUUCCUAUUUCAUUUGUGGACCGUGUCUAUGGAGAAUCUAAACUGGGAGGCAAUGAAAUAGUCUCCUUUUUAAAGGGACUUUUGACCUUGUUUGCUACAACAUGAUAGUUUAUCCUAAAUUAACUUUUUUAGAAAAACAUUUUCUGACAUCUGUGUGGUUUUUAGUAUGUAAUAGCAGAAACUUGAUAAUUUGCGGUGACCAGAAGACCUGCUAUAAACUAACAAUGAAACAAACCAUCAAUAAUAAACUAAAUAUAUUGUAUCCCAAAAUGCUCCUUUCAAAAUAAAUUAACUGUAUGGUAAACUAAAAACUAAUAAAGGCUAAUGCUCUAUUCUAUUUUUGUAAAGAUAGUGAAGUCUUAAUAAAGAACACAAAGCUAAAUGAUCUUUUGCAUUUAGAAAUGAAUCAUUAUUCAGCAGAAGCUAAAGAU